AUGGCGUCGGGCGCCGCGGAGCAGCCGGGGGAGGGAGCGGGGGCGGCCUCGGGGGCGGCGAAAAGGCCGCCUCUUAGCGCGAGGGAGCGCCGCCUGGCUGUCCCCGUGGGCGGCGCGGGGGCGGAGGAGGAGGAGGAGGAGGCCGGGCCGCUGCCGGCGCAGUUUCCCUCUCACCUGGGAGCUCUGAGCGGCAGCGGGAAGGCGGCGCUGUACUGCGACGACCUCCUGAAGGGCUGCAAGGUGACCGGGAGGGAGGAGGGAAGGUCAAGGGAGAGGAGCCAAGACAAGAGCCUCCCAGCCCUCGGCCCCCUCACAUGACUGAUGGGUCAAGCCCGCCUUUUCCCCUGACAGGGACUCAAGGCGGCUGACAGAUAUGUACUGUACAAAUAAGUAUCAUCUACAUAGGCUACACGCGUCCAGCUUUACAUGUGAAUAACUACAAGUGUACAGCUCAACUCUCUGUUAACAAGUAGACAGAUUGCACGCUUGUGGAAUGUAACGUGUGCCCCCCUGGGCAGGAAAGCAAGUGGGAGAAAUAGGCUGAUUAGACUGUAUGCAUGUAUUUACUUAACAUAGCUAGAGAAAUUGUGCACAAAUCUCGGCUUGCAUAGCAUCUAUGGCAAGUAACAAUAGUAAGAAAAUAGAAGCAAAUAAAAUGUUAAAAAGAAGUUGUUGGCAUCUGUCUGUCUCCAGAGUGCACCUCUGAGGCUGAUGUCAAACUGUGUUAGCAGCAAUGAAGUGACCCCCCCCCAGGCACCAGCCUUGGCGGCGGGUAUGAAGGGCCUGGGCUGCCCAGAUGGCAAGAAACACACACACACACACCCCGCUGAUGUUGUCCAAAGGAAAACAGCAACACAUUUGGUACCAGCUUGGCUGCAGGUGUUGCUAGGCAGGGGCAUACAAGGCCCUCUCCAACUGUCUUAGGGACUCCUCUCCAAUUGUACAUUUAUGAGAAGUAGCUGGGAACACAUACAUCCAGAGCAAAUUAUGUUACAGGAUAGGCAUUUGUGUGCUGAGAAAAACAGUCUGAGGAAUUCCCUCAAUUUUCACAACCCACAACUUCAUAAUUAAAGAUGGCUUCAUUCAGCUAAAUCCUACUCGUAGAUGCAUUGACAUAUUGUGUGUGUGGUUGGCCGCACCCUGUAGAGAAAGGGAUUUGGCUAGCUGGGCAGAAAGGGAAAGGAUCAAUUUUGUAUUAUAAUUUGCAAGGUUAUGUUUUGUGCGUUUCUGAAAAUAUCCAAAUACAUUUCUGACAUUUUCUCCUUUUACACGAAAGGCAGAAGAUGCCAAUGAAGCCAUUAGCAAAUACCUUUUGGAAAAGUUGAAGAUGAAGGAAAAAUGGCUUGGAAUCUGGAAGACCAAUCCAGAACUUUUUUUUGUUAAUUCUGAAGAAAUUCCCAUACCAUAUGUUGGUGUGCUUGUUGAGGUAACUACAUUUCUCUUUAGAAUGUUAAUUUAAAAAAAUAUUUGGUGACAAUUAGUACUUUCAGUUCAGUGAAUAUUAAUUUGAAGAUAGCCACAAUUUGAAUACUUUGUUGUGGCAGGAAACAUUACAAGUCUUUCAGAAAGUUUUUGAAUACUUGGUCUUUUUAUUACUGGGUCUGAGACAUUGUACGAUGAAAGUGAAGCUCCCACCAGUUCAGCUAUGCCGUUGGGAAUGUUCUCUCAAGUGUCUGACUUACAUCCAGCCACCUGAAAGCAGUGAGGCCUUACCUUUAUCAUGUUUCUUUCAUAGUUCUGUAAUAGUUCUAUACAGGUAAUCCUUUUGUGCGAGGGUUACAUUCUGGAGCCUCACAUGCGUCAGUGGAAUUCACAUAAGCCUUCUCCAUCCCAUUCCAUCCCAUUUUGGGGCUACUUCCGGGUUUGGCACUGUGUGGUCGCAUGUUGUUUGGACAUGCCUAAAUCAGUCAUUGCCUGUAUUCCCUUUAAAGCACCAAAUGGCCUGGCCCCUGUAUAACUUAGGAAAUGCCCUAUUCUGAUAAUUUUCCCUGUCCCGAAUGUUCCAUUCCAUUUUUCUUUCAGUGUGCUAUAGUGAAACCAGGACUUUUGCAGGUCACUUCCAGAUGACAUGUUUGUUGAUGAUUCAUAUAUAUAUAUAUCAAAUAAAAACAUGAACUAAAAACAGAAAACAAUACAUAUAUCCCCUUUGACUUCCCUCCCUCCCUUUUGUGGAUCCUUAUGUUAUAAUUCCCACCCCCACCCCCUGCAUCUCCUUUAUAACUCCAGUCUUUAAUAAAACCUUAAAUAUUCCUUAGUUCAAAUUUUUACUACAAGUCUCAAAUCAAUCCUGCUAAUGAAUUUAAUUGUUUACAAUAAUUUAUCAAAUAAAUUUUAUAUUUUCCCCAUUCUUCCUGGUUUAUUCUUCCUGGUUUCGAAUUCUUCCCAUUAAUUUUGCCAUUUGGGCAUAGUCCAUUAAUUUUAUCUUUCAUUCUUCCUUGAUCAGGACCAUAUCUUCCUUCUAUCUCUGGGCUAGCAGUAUCCAAGCAGCUGUGGUCACAUACAUGAACAGUUUUUUUCUGGUCAUUUGAUAUCUAAUAUUCCUAAAAGAAAAGCUUCAUUUCUUUGAAAAAGUUAUCUUUAACAUUUUUUUCAACUCAUCUUCUCCCAUACCUUAUAUGACGACCACAUGUGGUAAAAGGUGCCCUUUUUUUCUUUGAAUUUCCAGCAUACAUUUGAUUUUGAUUUAUACAUUUUAGCUAGGGUAAAGGUAAAGGUACCCCUGACUGUUAGGUCCAGACGCGGACGACUUUGGGGUUGUGGCACUCAUCUUGCUCUAUAGGCCGAGGGAGCCGGCAUUCGUCCGCAGACAGCUUCCGGGUCAUGUGGCCAGCAUGACUAAGCCGCUUCUGGAAAACCAGAGCAGCGCACGGAAACUCCGUUUACCUUCCCGCAGGAGCUAGUUUAGCAGGAGUUAAAUACCAUUUGUACAUCAUUUUCAUGUAGUUUUCUUUCAAAAUAUAGCAUGUUGUAAAUUUUAAGUCUACAUUCCAUAACCUCUCCCAUGCUGCUGUUUCAAUAUUAUAACCAAAGUCCCUUGCCCAAUCUAACAUCACUUAUUUAACCUGCUCAUCUUUUUUUAGCUGUAUUAGUUAGUAUCAAACUUUAUUUCUGUCACAGACCAGCAUAAGAUAAAAGAUAUGGAUAAACUGAACUCAUAAGACUUAAAACAGGUAAGGAAUAAAAACUAGCCAUUCCAAUUUUGUUUGCCAUUGGAAUGUUUGCCAUUCCAAUAAUAGAUUGAACAUUUUGGAAAUUAAUUUACUUUUGUUUUCUAGCAACUCUUUUUCAAAUAGAGAGGUUUCAGUUGAAAAACCAUUUUUUAAAUCCAACUUAAAUACAGUGGUACCUUGGUUGCGGAUGGGAUCCAUUCCGGAGCUCCGUUCAGAUCCUGAGGUUUCCGCAACUGGAGGGACCACGUACGCGUGUGCAGACCGCUUCUGCACAUGUGCACGGCACAGUAGAGUGCUUCUGCGCAUGUGCACACGGCGAAAGACUUCCGGGUUUGCUGCUUUUGCAACCCAAAGUUUACAUUACCCGAGGGUCACGUAAGCUGAGAUGCAACUGUACUUCAUUAAGCUGAUGAUACUGCAACCAGUUGGAUACUAAACUUCUUAUAUCUUCAAACCUCCUUCAUUUUACCUCUUGAUCUACUAUUAAUAGGUCUUUAUAAGGUACCCAAUCAUUUCACAUAUUUCUUAUUUUCACAGAUAUUGCCUCUAUUGGGAAAGUCACCACAGUGUUUUUUGUUCUAAUUGUUUAUAUUUUAUGUUUGUUCAUAAUUCAUCCUGUUGUUUGCAGAGAAAUUAGAUAACGUUGGUUCUUUGAUGAGCAUUCAUUCUGAUUUGUUUGUGGGGAGGCUAGACGACGUUGGGUCAAAGCUAGUGUCAUCCUACACUUUCCAGUGCAUUUCCCCAUCACUUUCCUUGUUGCAAGAAGUCUGAACUUUUAAGGGGAGGUGGGUUUCUUGCACAAAGCCUUCCAAUCAAGUAUUGUGCCACCUGAAUUUGCCUGCGUGUCCUUGAAUCCCACCGCAAAAUAGUAGUAGUCUGGAAGCUCCACCAGAGAUGGUUGCUAGUCUUUGUAACCUCCUUGCAGGAAAGUCUGCCUGGCAACCUCUGCCAGGAGGUGAAGUCCUUUUGGUAUGAGGCCUUCCCCAAGUAUUUACUUGUUGAAUUUUGAUUGUGCUCCUUAAAUAAGGUAUUUUUAGGAUUGCAUUCUAGAGGGUGGGGAGACACAGUGACCAUAUUACACACCAGGGAGCAUAGUAUAUAGUGUAAACAUGGCACUAUUUUUAUUGUAUUUUUAGGUUUGAAAAAAAGUAUAAUAAUGUCACCAAGAUAAAACUUUGCCAGACCAAGUUCAGAUACCUAGGGGUACAAAUAACCAGAAACCUCAAUAAAUUACAGCUCCACAACUACAACCCCUUGUGGUGACAAAUUAACAAAGACCUAAAGAGAUGGAACAACAUGAACUUCACUCUCUCAGACAAAAUAGCCAUGAUCAAAAUGAUCCCCUCCCAGAACUAACCUACCUAUUCCUAACCCUCCCAGUCUGGAUUCCCCCAACCCAACUCUGUAAACGGCAGAAAAAAACCUACUUUUAUUUAUUUCUCACACAAAAAAACCAAAAAUAAGCUCCAAAUACCUGCACCUCCCCCCCCCUCAGAGGGAGAAUGGGGAAUCCCCAACAUAGAACUAUACUACAUUGCCAACCAAGUACGCUAUAUAAUCCCAUAUAUACUAAAAGAUGAGACAAAACAAUGGAUACACCUAGAAAGGGACACAGUUGAAAAUACCUGCACCACAGCAUACCCAUUCCUCCCAAACAAACUAAGGAAAAUUCCCACAACACUUAACAGCUACACACAGACCAUGCUUAAAGCAUGGAAAGCAGAAAUAGGCAAACUGUCUCCAACCCCAUCCCAACUAAUUCCCCUGGCAUACCACCCAUUAUUCCACCACACAGCACAAAACCUCCAAAUAAAAACCUGGCAAACCAAAGGCCUAUAUCUCCUAACAGAUUUCUAUAAAAAUAACAAACCCUUAUCAACACAAGAAAUACAAGACAAACUAGAAGACACCCAAAUGCCCUGGUUAACACACCACCAAUUACCAUACAUUCCCUCUUAAACAAUCCAGUGGUAAAAGCAGCAACUAGUCCCCUGACAACCUUCGAAAACCUCCUCCUAACAACAAAGGGUCAUGGAAAAGGGAUGGUAUCUGCAGUAUACAAAAUGCUACUCCAAAACCCCACGAACCCCCUAGACGUAAUCAAAAAACAAUGGGAGGAUGACAUAGGCUAUGAGAUUAACCCCACUCAGUGGGCCAGAAUGUGGUCUAAAGUUAAACCCCCCUUCAAAUCCAUAUCAACGAAAAGGAAAGAACUCACACUGAAACUCACCUACAGGUGGUACCUAACACCAAGGGAAUUAGUGCUAAUACGCCCAGGAACCUCACCAAAAUGCUGGAGAGGGUGCACCUCCAGAGGCACAUACUUCCACAUGUGGUGGGAAUGCCCCAAAAUCCAUUUAUUCUGGACUACAGCCAUAAAAGAAAUAUGCAAAAUAACUAAGCAAGUAUUAGAAAUAACCUCAGAACUGGCCCUACUAAGCAUCUUCCAAGACAAUAAUGCCCACUCAUAUCACAAAGAACUCAUAAUCCACCUACUCUCAGCAACCAGAAACAUCAUAACCAGACACUGGAGAGACCUGUCAGGAGUAAGCAUGGACCAACGGUACCAAAUAGUAUGGGAAACAGUCUUACUAGAAAAAUUAACCAAUACUAUAAACAGAAACUGACACGGGGACAAAUAGAAGACGCCCUCACCCCGGUAUGGCUCCUUUAUCACAUACACAGCCCAACAAAACAAUGACAAGAAUCCACCAACAUCAUACGAAUCAAUAUGGCUAACCGGUCCAAAACAUCCACCCACCCCACUCACACAUGAAAACAAAAUUCACCACAGCCAAUCACAAAUGAACAAUCACACCCUAGGCCAACCCCCAACCUCUCAACACCAAAGAGAACCUGCACAAGCGUUGCUGACGCUAAACCCCACACAUAUGUUAAGUAAAAUAGAAACAUCACCCCCCUCCCCAUUCCCCCCUCCACUCUUUCCCCCUUUUUCUUCCUAAUGUAACACUAAUGUCUCAACAAAUGAAACUGAUCUGUAAAAAAUGUAACCUGAAAAAUGAGACAUUGCACAUACUUUUGUAAACCAAGAAAUCUUUAAUAAAAAUACAUUUAAAAACAGAAAAAAGUAUAAUAAUAUAACUUCUUCUGUAUGAAAAUACAUACUAUUUUCAGUAAUAAUAAUUAUUAUAUAAUAGCCAAACCUUCUUUGGGAGUUCUGUUAUACUGGGGCAAAGAGUUCCAGCUCUGACCCAGGAAAACUUGCUUACUGACAAGAAUUCCCUUUGGAGGGUAUGAUGAUAUAUAUAUAUAUAUAUAUAUGGGACAGCAGUAUGCAAUGAAACAUGUACAAGUUUAGUUGAGAUUCCUUAUUUCCUUCCCACUUCCUUUUUAAAUUGACCUAAUUCUAUCUUUGCUAUCUACUCUCUUGUUUUCUGCGCUGCAGCUGAUCGGGGACAUUUUUCAGUCUUUGUGCAUUCAAUAAUCUGGUGUUUAGAAAACCUACCAUUUCAAUGUUCUUUAAGCAUAAUGGACUGGGCAAUCUUAUACUCCCAUGUGGGUGGGGGGACUUAAAUUGCUGCAAUGUCAGCAUAACUUGUGUCAUAUCCAAUAACCUCUCAGUUGACCUAUCUUGAGAAUAGGAUUGUAGCCAUAAAUUGUAUAACAAAAGUCAAAAGAGUUGAGAAAUCUAUAUAUAAAUCUUAAUCUAUUUUAACCUUGUAAUUGUUUCUUUGUUACAGGUUACUUGCAAACUGCCCCAGAAUCCCUCUGCUAACUUCAAAGUUUCUGUAUCUGUAGCUGAACCCUUUUCCUCUAAUAUUGCAAAUAUUCCAAGACAGUUAGUUGAUGAAGUUCUGGAGGAAAUGGAUCAUUGUGUGCCUCUUUUGGAAGUCUAUCCUGUAGAGGGGCAGGACAGCGCAGUGUAUGAUAUAGCCAAGGCUUUGGAAAUUGUGAGGUAUGUUUUUCUAGAGUUUGGGAUUCAACAGCAUAUUAAAGAAAGUGUGACAAAAUAGAAAUAACUAAUAGAAAAAGAAUUUAAGAAUAUUAGACUGAGGGUAGAAGCUUAUUUUUGAAGUUAGGGAGGUAGAGUACACACUUUAUGUGCAGGUGAUGGUUCCUGGCAUCCCAGGUAACAGGUGAUGUGAAAGAUCUUUGCCUGGCAGCUUUGCAAGCUGCUACCAGUCAAAGUGGAGAAUAAUAGGAUUGAUGGAGAAAUAAUCUGAUCUGAUAAAAGGCAGCUUCCUUUAUUUCAUUUUAAGUUACAGAACCCUGAAAUAUUAAAACCUUACAAAACUUACUAGUGGUCAGUUAAUGUGUCCUUCAGUCCUUUACUUUCUCCCCAUUAUUAACAGCUCUUGGGUAACAGAAACACACGAUCAGUGGAUACAUCAAAAUGCAGCAAAAUUUGGAAAGCACUUUACCAAGGAUGAACUGCUGGCAUUCUUUUAAUGGUUAUUAACCAUUCGGGGCUGCUAAUUUGUAACAUUGACAUUAUGAAUCUGUGGUUUCCAGAAGUUACGUGCAUAUUGCUUUAAUUGCAUAUUCUUGUAGUAUUUUAUCAACUCCUUGUUGACUUACCGGUCUGUCAUCUGGAGCCAUGGCUGAUGUAGGAACAUUAUUUCCCUGGGGCCUUGUUUUGAUUCUUAUCUUUAAUUUGAUUCUUCUUGGUUUGGAGCUGUAAGUUCCUGUCAUAUGUCAGCUGCUUUGACUAAUGUGGCCAUCCCACUUAUUAUGCUUUAAAAUACUACUUCCAGGAGAUUUUCAACAGAUGUUAUUCAGCCAUUGUAUCUAAUUAGUGACUACAGUUUAUUCAGGGUUUGUUGUAAAUAACUAGGCAAUUUCAUCCAAACUUUGAGUUUAAAGAAGUUUAGCCAAAAAUAAACAGAACCUAACCAAUAUUUGGUCCCACCUUUGGGGGAAGUGUGAGUUCAUGUCAUUUCUGUAUUUUGUUUUAAUCUUUCUAUUUUUUUUAUAUAAAGGAAGCCUGUAUUGCUUCCUCACCUGCUACUCUUUUACAAUAUUCUGGGGUUAAUGUGGUCAAUCUGUCAAACGGCUAAACAUAAAGAAGUUUCUAUUUCUUUAGGCUGCAGAAAGAAAGGAGAGCAUAAAAGACUUUAUAGAAAUAUAAGGACAUUUAAAAACAUCCCAAAACAGAACAUCAAUAUUUUGAACCAAAGUAAGGCACCUAUUCAAGCAAAGCCAGGCAGAGAGGUGUUUAGACAUAAGAGAAGACAAUACAUUUUAGCUGACACAGCUCUCCCAGAAAUGAAGUAAAAGAGGAUUCUUUUAUUGAGAAAAAGAUGGAAUACAUUACAGUGAUACCUUGGGUUACGAACUUAAUUCGUUCCAGAGGUCUGUUCUUAACCUGAAGCUGUUCUUAACCUGAAGCGUAUGUAACACGAGGUACCACUGUAUUGUGUACCAAUAAUACGGUAAAGUUGACAUAAUAUAGACAGCUUGUACAUUAAAGUUUUUCUGUACUGUAUAGGAAGAGGUACAGCAAGAUUAACAAAAUUAAUUUUAUAAACUUUUAUUUUGCUUUUCCCUCUUUUGCCUUCUGAAUUUUAUUAUUUCUGCUAUAUAUUUUUGCUAGAUACAUUCUGGCAAUGAGUGUCCUUUUUUAGCUUACUUACAUGCCCAUUUUCUACAGUAAAAUAUACCCAAAGCAUCGCUCAACAAAAAUCAACUUAUUAGCAAAAUGCAUAACUUCUGAAAAAUAGUAUGUCACAAAACAUAUAAAAAAUGCAAGUAAGAUAAAAAUGAUUAAAGAAAGGAUGAGAUCCAACAUAGUGUUAGUUCAAAAAGAUUGACAGCUGAUGCUAUUCUGUGUUAGCACACAAGCUUAAGUGCCACAGAGUACAGUGGUACCACUGGUUGCAAAUGGGAUCUGUUCUGGAGCUCCGGUCAGAUCCCGAGGAUUCCACAAUUGGAGGGACCGCUUCUGUGCACAUGCGCGUGGUGGUGGAGCGCUUCUGCGCAUACGCACGUGGCAAAAAGCCAGAAAUAUACUUCCGGGUUUGCCGCUUACGUAUCCUGAAGUUUACAUAACCAGAGGGAUACGUAAGCGGAGGUACGACUGUAUAACAGUAGCAGUUGUGCUGGCAGUCGGGCGACAUCUUUCACAAGGGGAGGACAUCCAUUGGAUUUGGUGGUUGUGCUGUUGUAAGGUGAGGCUGUUGUAAUGGUUGCUGCCUUAACAAGCUACCACAAUUGGGUAUAACCCAUAAGGAAUUGAGUAUCACAAUUCAGUAAUCUAGACUUAAUAGAUAACUAAUACAGAGCAAAUAUAAAAAUUAGAGUUCAAAGCAAAAUAAAUAAAAAUAACACUGAACCAUCCUAAAACUGGGUUCAUGGCACUCUAUGGGCCACAGUAGCUUGGCUUAAAUGCAGUUCAGAACAGGCCUCACAAGGCCAAAUGGUUCACAGCAGCUAGAUGAUGCCCUUGUCUCUACUCAAGUACUAGGGAGUGGCAAAGAUGGUAGUCCUCUUUCUCCAGUCUCCCAAGUGCCUCCUGAACUUUGUAGCCGUAUAUACUUAGGUACUUUUUAUAAUAAUUAUCAAUGCAAUGCAAUUAUGGCUUUUAUUUAGGUUCUUCUAUGACUUCCUUUGGAGAGACUGGGAUGAUGAUGAAAAGAGCGAGACCUAUGCUGCACUGAUAGAAGAGAGAAUUAAGAUGUAAGUAUGCUACUCAGGUGAGCUCCUGUUGCUCGGUCCCUGCUCCUGCCAACCUAACAGUUCGAAAGCACGGCAAAGUGCAAGUAGAUAAAUAGGUACCGCUCCGGCAGGAAGGUAAAUGACGUUUCCGUCCGCUGCUCUGGUUCACCAGAAGCGGCUUAGUCAUGCUGGCCACAUAACCCGGAAGCUGUGCGCCGGCUCCCUCGGCCAAUAAAGCGAGAUGAGCGUCGCAACCCCAGAGUCGUCUGCGACUGGACCUAAUGGUCAGGGGUCCCUUUACCUUUACCUUAUGCUGCUCAGGAAUAGUUCUCACAAACAGCAGAUGAGGAAGUACUUCAGAUUUUUGGUGAAGGCUCUACUGAGUGAUGGAGAGGGCUAGGUUAGAAGCCAUUUAUUUCCGUAACAUGUUAAGAUUCUAUAAAUUGGAUUUUAUUUUUUUUAAUAUAUAGAGGGACAUCCUGUCAUGAGAGUAACGUCACCUGCAGUUUGAAGUGAUGCAAUUCUUAUUCAAGUUAACCUCCUGAUCUGCUGUUUGAGAGAACUAAUAGAGCUUAGUUUUUGCAUAAAGUUUCAAAAGGAGAAGCUCUAAUUUUCUUAAAUCUUCAUAGUUGGUGUGAUAUUCAGAAUGGGACUAUCCCUGCUCCGAUUGCUCAUCGUUUUAGAAGAAAUCUUGAAAAGUACAAAAGUCUGCAUUUGGAGUUGAUUCAUUACCAAAGUAAUAUUAAAGGAGAACCCACAGCAGAAGAAGCAGUUGAAUGUUGGAAAAAGUAUUAUGAAUUGGUAAUGCUAUGUGGAUUGUUGAAAAUAUGGGAAGAUUUACGCUUGAGGUAAUUUAAGUUGACAUUGAUUUUAAAAAAUGGUUCAAUUAUUUUGCUUGUUGUCUAAAUAGCUUGUUUUAAUUACCUGUUGCUUUAUUUUAAUUGUAAGUACAGUUCAUUUGUUAGUGAAUUAGAUGCUACUACAGUGGUACCUCGGUUUUCGAAUGUAAUCUGUUCCAGAAGAUGGUUCGAGUUUCGAAACGUUCAAAAACCGAAAACUCAGUACGGAAGCCUCAAAACGAUAAACUCGAAUAGGGAAGCCAUAUUUCCAGUUUGACUUCCAAGGCGCGUUCGAAAACAACAGCAUUUACUUCCGGGCUUACAGCAUUCGAAAACCAAAAUAUUAGUCAACGAAGACGUUAAAAAACCGAGGUACCACUGUAUAUGUUUAAUUACAUUGAACAUAAUUUGUGUAGAUGUACACUCAGAUUGGCGUAUCCAGGUGUAGUUAAUAAUAUAUUGUUUAUUUCCAUUAUAAACGAUUGCUAGGAGGUAUCUGAUGAAAUGAUGUCACCUUAACUGUCUGUCCUGUUGUGCCUAAAGUGCCUCUUGAAUGAAGCGCAGAUGAGUUCACAGUCCCACCCCAGGUCUCCUAGUCAGAGCCAGUCAGUAUUUUUUCAUAAGAUCAUAUAUGAUAAAUGAAAUACUCCUGACACUACAGCAGCGGCCUGGACAUUUCUCCUCGUAUGUUUUCAGAUUGUGCCAUUAAGGCAGAGACUUGAAAUUACAAGAUUGGACAUUUGGGUAUACACCUGUUUACUAGUUUUUGCAUUUCUGUUUUUUAUUCUGUUUGGUGUAACAGUUGAAUAAAUAUUAAACUGGGAAACUCUGCCAUAGCAUUAAAUUUGGUUCCUUUAAGUGUAUGUACAUACUUUUAUUAAGAAAUGUUUGCCGUAGUAAAUAACAGAAAAUACUUAAUUUUCAUACCAUUUUUGUCAUCAAUGGAAAGAACAAAAGCAGCUCUUCUGAAUACGCUUAAAAGAAAGCAAAUUCCAUUGAAAUUGGUGGGAAUGGCAUGUAAAUGUGAUUAAGUGUGUCAGCAUCUAGCUUAGAGAGCCACAUAUGAUAAAUAACUAAUUAUUUAUUUAUUAGUUAAGAUAAUCAUCAUAAUGCCAGUAGAUUUAUCCAGAUCAACAAUUUCCACAGAUUUGUAAUGGAUUGCUUCAUUUUCUGAAAGGCAGGAGCCAACGGUAGGUUACACGUCUGCAUGAGUAAUUAUGCUCCUAGUUUCAGUGUCUGGCAACUCAGAAGAACGGAGAAAUCCCUAUCUGAGAACUUGUAGAGCUGCUAGCUGUGUUUUGUAUAAUCAUAAAGAAACUUUCUGAACUUACAUAGCUGUCAACAUUUCCCUUUUUUUAAGGGAAAUUCCCUUAUUCCGAAUAGGAUUCCUCGCAAGAAAACGGAAAAGUUGACAGCUAUGAACUUAGUAACAAUGUGUUCUUCCCACAAUUGUACAUAUUUCCAUAAGUAAUUAGGGCCAUAGUGGUAAGUGAAGUUCCACCAAAUAGAAAACCUAUUACAGUGCAUUUUAGGUGCCGUAUUUUUCGCCCCAUAAGACGCACCUGACCACAAGACGCACCUAGUUUUUAGAGGAGGAAAACGGAAAAAAUAUUCUGAGCGAAACUGGUUUUUUUUUUUUGUGGUUCAUGCUGUGGCCACAGACAUGAUAUGUGAUUUAACAGUGAGUUUGGGGUAGCCCAAUGCAAAACCCUGAGAAUCCAUGUGGAUCCAUGCUUUGUAGCCAUGUUUUUGCACCUUUGCGGCCCCACGAAACAGUGGAUGCAUUAUUUUUUGGUGCAGGCUAUAGCCAUGGACAUACUAUGUGAUCUGAUGUUGAAUUUGGGGUGACCCGAUGCAGAAAUCCUGAGGAUCCAUGGGCUUGUACCUCCCCCUUCCCAGGCAGCCUCCUUUAUCUCUAGAGUCCCUUAUCUCCCUCCCAAUCGCUUGCCGAUCAGCUGCUCAGCGGCUUUGUUUCAACACCCCCUUCCCUCUUUCUAAAAAAAGAAGAAGAAGAAGCACAAUCUGCUUUUUGCCCCUGGGCAAUUCUGCUCCAGGGACCACACAUUUGCUCUGUAAGACACACAGACAUUUCCCCUUACUUUUUAGGAGGAAAAAAGUGCGUCUUAUGGAGCGAAAACUACGGUACUUUCCCCUUCAUAUUAAUCUAGACAAUGAAGGGAAAAGUACCUAAAAUCCAGUGUAACAGGUUUUCUAUUUGGUGGAACUUCACUUAUCACUAACUCUUAUUUUAGAGUUAGAAAGGAUUAGUUGUAGAAAAGCAGGACUCCUUCUUGUUACCAUGCGACAGUUAGCAUGUCUACUUAGUUCUAUUAAAUUCCACAGGGCUCACUCCCAGGUUCAGGGGGUUAGACUGGCAGCAUUAGUUCUGCAGUUCCCUGUGAUAUAAAAGCUGCCAGUUCAGCUGGUCCUGUUAAAUUUUCCUUCGUUAUUUUGAGACCUUUGUUAUACUUAAGACUAUGUAAGUUUAUUUAAAUAUGUAUAUUCUUUUGUAAUAAUUAUUAUAUUCUAUGCUUCUAUUUCAUUAAAAUAUUUAACAGAGCAAAAGUUCAAAAAUUGAAUGAAUUAUUGAGAAAUCACUGGGGGGCAGAGGACAUGGAGCAUGAAAAUGUUUAAAAAUCUUUUUUUCUUAUACUAACAGAUACUAACUUUGUAAUACUAAUGAUCUGUGAAUAUAUUGGUUUCUGCUUUUAAAGAUUAAUUCUCCCCUCCAAAAUGGUUGAUAAAAAUGCUUUCAAAUAGCUUUGACGCAGCACCCUUUAGUUCUUUUUAAUUAGCUGCCUUGAAUACUGUUUAUACUUUAAGUAGUUGAAGUUCAAAUUUUAUUAAGCCAAUAUUCAUAGUAAACAUUUCUAGGGCCCACAGAGCAAUUACAUCAGUUGUAAAUGAAGUUGUCUGGCAAAGAGUAAAAAUACUGAAUGCUUCGUAUUUUUUCGCUUUGCAUUUUCAAGGCUUUGUCAUGCCAGACAUUUCUGGUAUGCUCAUUUUCUGUAGGGAUAUUGUUUAGGCUUAAAUGUCUGUAUCUGUUUAAAGCUGAAAGAAAUACAAUGCUAAGCAUACUUGAAGCCAAUUUUAUUUAAAUACAUCUACAGAAUGCUUUGCCUAAGGCAUUAUUGAUAGUACAAAGUUCAUUUUAAAUUUUAGGGCUCAUGGACCUCUGACCCCAAGAAUUUUGAAACGGAGGAAAGGACACAGAGAUGAUGGAAAAACUGUAACUUACAUUGUUGCAAAAACAGCAGCAGCAGAAAUGGUAAGGAGUUCAUUUGAAUAAAUAUCCAAGUAGCUGAGACUGCUGCUUCUCCUUCAGCAAACUUUCCUUGAUAUCCCUUCUUCUCUCCAACCCUACCCAAACAGCUUCUCCAUUAUUGCUCCCUUGGUAGAACUGUAAGGAGCAGGAUUCUUUUAUUUUGAAAUACUGUAGACUUAGCUGUUGCCUUCUGCUCUCUUCAUGAUUCUCCCGAAAGCAGUCUGGCUUUAAUUUAAUUUCAGUUUUGCUUGGUUAAAAACUGUCCUAAUAAGCUGCUGUUUGUUUUAGUGCUAGCAAAGUAGAUGAAGACUAGCAUUUUUGCACUGGCAAGGUGUUUAUGGAAACACUAUUAUCAUUUCAGAGUGCCUGUCGUCUUGGUGCUGGUCACAUCCAAUAUGGCACUUACACACAUAACCCAUAAAGGAACUUUGCCCAAAUUGUUUUUUGUUUUGUUUUUUAGAGACAUGCUAACAACACUUGUGCACAGAAGGAAACUAAUGUGUACAGUGGUACUUCUAGUUACGAACUUAAUUCGUUCCAGAGGUCUGUUCUUAACCUGAAACUGUUCUUAACCAGAGGCAUGCUUUCGCUAAUGGGGCCUCUUGCUGCUGCUGCUGCGCCGCCGGCACACGAUUUCCGUUCUCAUCCUGGGGCAAAAUUCUCAACUCGAGGUAACUCUUCCAGGUUAGCGGAGUUUGUAACCUGAGGCAUUUGUAACUUGAGGUACCACUGUACUGUAGGUAGGGAACAGCAUGUAAAGUUCAGAGAGUUCCUAGAAGUAUGCUGCAUAGAAGCAACAGUGAAAGGAUAGGCUAAAAAACCACAUUAACCUUUAAAACAAGACUGGCUAAUCCCCAAUUUUACUUUGUAUCUGUCUCAUCUGCCCAGGUUAAAGAAUUAGCCCCAGACACACUUCUUCAGCAGCAUGAUAACUUAAACCUGGCUUUGGACAGCUGUUACAGUGGAGAUAAUGUGCUUAUUUUCCCAGGAGAAUAUAAAGCAGCAAACCUUUCCAUGUUAACUGAAGAUAUUGUUAUUAAAGGUCAGUAGUGUGCCUGCUGUGAUUUUUAUCGAAUAGAUUAAGAAAACUAAAACCAACUAUUAGAAUAAAGAUUGGUUAAAUGUGAGGCUCUUUCAGGUUUUCAGAAUUUGGAGAGUGAAUCAUUUAAGGUUUUAUAUAAAAACAUUUCUUGUUUGUGUCUCUUAUUAUAGGCAUUACAUCUUCUUAAUACAAGUUCUGAAGCAACUGCAAACAUGUGCAGCACUGGUCAUAUUAUCUGGCAAUAGCAAAUUAAUCAUCAGCUGUAGAAGAGUGGGUCUAAUUUCAUGGUCUCCUCUCCUGCUCUUGAGCAUAGCUUUACAACUAUUGCUGGUGAUCGGAUUGGGACUACAGUCAUACCUCGAGUUGAAGUUGCUUCAGGUUGAGCGUUUUCGGGUUGUGCUCUGCGGCUUGCCGCUUGCGUAUGCACAGAUGCUCAAAAUGACGGCAUGCGCAGAAGCGGCGAAUCACGACACGUGCAGACACACAGAUUCAGGUUCUGGGGCUCCAGAACGAAUCCCGUUUGCAUCCAGAGGUACCACUGUACACGGGUGCAGCCAUCAGUGUUGGAUCACAUUAGGAACUAUACAGUGCAAUCGGCAUAGAAAGUUUUGUGUCCUGCUAAAUUCCAAGUUGGCUCAGAAUUGGCUCCAGAUUGUAGCAAAUGCAAGGCAUGGUCAGCUCUCUGUUUUUCUGACAGCCAUCAGCCAACCACCAAACUGUGCCACCAAUGUGCAUCAGUCCUCUGAAGCAGAUUUUGCAGGUGGCGUGGGGGCACAGAAGAGAGGAAAGGAAAACUGCAUUCUGGUUGAACAAGGACAGCAUUGAAUACCAUCCAUUUUUUUUUGAAGUACAGUGGUACCUCGGGUUACAUACGCUUCAGGUUAGACUCUGCUAACCCAGAAAUAGUACCUUGGGUUAAGAACUUUGCUUCAGCAUGAGAACAGAAAUCGUGCUCCGGUGGCGCGGCAGCAGCGGGAGGCCCCACUAGCUAAAGUGGUGCUUCAGGUUAAGAACAGUUUCAGGUUAAGAACGGACCUCCGGAACGAAUUAAGUACUUAACCCGAGGUACCACUGUACUUAAAGCUGCUUGGUCAAAUGUACAUUUCCUCCCUACUCCCACUGUCCAAUUUCUGUGCACUUCUACAUUUAAUUGAUUUUAAUAAUUCCGUUUCUCCAUUUUGUUUAGGAGUUGGAAGACGAGAGGAAAUUGUGAUUGUUUCAGAUCCUGUCUAUGACAGUUUUAUAGUGUCCAGGGCUCAAAAUCUGAAGAUAAUGAAUAUUACUGUGCAGCAGCAAGGGACUCUCGAUGGUAUUAUAGUAGUUGAAUCUGGACACACAUUUUUGGAGAACUGUGUUUUGAAGUGUGAAGGAACUGGUGUCUGUGUACUUGUUGGGGCUUCUCUGACAAUUAUAAACAGUGAGAUUACUGGAGCUCAGGUACUCUAUUUCAGUUCAAAACAAGAUACAAUACACAUAUGAGAAUGUAAGAUGCUUUCAUUCAGCGAACACACAAAAACCUGGUUUAAUGCAGAAGGGGAACUAAUAAUGAAAAGACUUGAUGUCAGUGAUAGAUAGCAUAAAUUUCAAUAUUACAGUUGCCGGUCCACAGGAAAGAGGUGUGAGUGGACGGGAUGGUAGAUGUGACAAGACGACUUGAUUCCAAUCAGUUUUGCAGCAUGCAAGUGGAGUUCUGGUCCAGUACUCUAUGCACUCCUCAGUACUGCGCAGCUGCUAGUUGCUGACCAGAACUCUAAAUGAUCUGCAUCAGUUAACUUGUAUUCACACACAAAAAUUGAUUUUGUUCUGAUAACAUGAUCAGUAGGAACAGCUAGUUGCAUGCCAAUCGAAAUUUUGGUUUUUGCACUCAGGGGGCUGGAGUCGAGUUAUACCCAGGAAGCACAGCUACUCUGGAGGGUAACAAAAUUCACCACUGCAAUAACUUCCGAACCUGUGACUCCUCACAUGGUAGUUUUGGUGGAAUUAACAUUAAGGUAAAUUUUUGUUGACAAUGGAAUGCUACUGUAACAACCUAAAUUAUUUGAAAAGAUUUCCAUGUUUAAGAAGAUAAUUUGAUUAAGAUGCUACCGAGAGUUUAUGAAUAAACUUUUGAUUCCUUCUUAACAGGUUCUUCCUGCUCCUAAACUAAGGAUGAAAAACAAUCAUAUUUACAGUAACAAUGGAUAUGGAGUGACCAUUAUUAAGCCUUCUGAGCAGCUGUGUGCUACAGCUGAAGGAACAGUGGAAUGUGCUGCUGCAGGAGAUGGCGAAGAUUCUGUUUCCAAACUAAUGCAGGAAUUGAGCCUUGAGAUGAGCACAAACAUACUAGAAGACAACACCAAAGGCAUCAGCAUAGUUAACUGAAGCUACAGGUUUCAGCUACAAAGGAAAACUUGUUGUAUUAAAGGAUAUUAAUAAGAGUUAUUAUGGAUACUGAUGAAACAUGAAAUAGCUCCGUAAUUUCUAUUUCUUAGUAAACAGAAAGCUCUUCAUAGCUUGGCAAGAAUUUAAGCUUAAUUUCCAUUUAAGUCUUUGGCACCAGAAGCCAUAGCUUAUAGCUCAAAAUAUAAGCCCUUGGAGGCUAUCAGUUUGAAUUCUGUACUCACUAUUCCAACUCGGAAAUAUAUUUUUUAAAAGCCUGUACAGCAGUAAGUAACCUUCAGACUUACUGAAAAGUAGUUAAAACUGCUGAUUUAUUACUGCAAGUUUGUCUUGUUGAGUUAAUUUUUACUGUAUUAUAAACAGGUCUUACGAAUGAAGUAGGAUAUUUUGAACGCCAGUCCCAUAAAAUUUAGCAUACUUCUGGCAGGUCAAGGAUAGAAGUCAUGGGACAGUAUGACUGAGGAGCUAGAGCUAAACUUGACUUACUUAAAAUUGAUUAUGUGAGAAAUAAGGAAUUCUGGACUUGGAAGUGGAGUUAGUCCUUUUCAAUUCAACAUUAAAGGUUAACUGUCAGUUU